AUGCUUUAAUUGAGUAUACUAUUUCUCAUAAAUAUAUGUUCAGCAAAUUUGGAGAUUUUAGAAAUUAAGGAAUCUUCUGAAACUUUUACAAUUCAUCUUGGGGAGCCAAAUAUUAUUUAUUAAAUGCCAUAGGCUGAUGAUGCUACAUUAAUGCCAUUUUAAUAGAAUAGUUUCUGUUAAGUUACAUAAUAAACAGUUUAAACUGAAACAUAACAAUUUACAAUAAUAUAAUCGGAUGACUUUAAAGAGUAAAUUAUGUGAAUUCAAUUUUAGUUAUGAGUUUGAAUUGGAUACCCCAUUAAAUUUUAGAGAAUUUAUUGGGAUGGUACAUAUAAAUGAUGGAAUGUUAGCAAUUACUUCAGAUGCAAUUGCUUAUUUAAUAAAGUUUAAUUAUGACAAUGUUCUAUCAAAAUAAGGAUUUACAACUUAUGGAAAUUCUAUUGAUUUUGCAGGUGUUAUUUGGAAGGCUAAUCUUUAACCAGUGAUUCCUUCAAUUCAAUCAAGAGACGAAUUACCAUAAUUAGUUUAUUCAAAAAAAAAUAAUUUGGCCUUUGUAUUAUAUUCAGAUAGUGCAUAAUUUUUUAGUGUGUCAGAGAUGGAGAAAAAUGAGAAAAGUAUGUACAUUAAUUAGAUUUCUAAUUGGAUUCAAAGAGAGGAAAGAGGAUUGACUAAAGAAAUUGAUGGAUAUUUAUUUUCAGCAGUUGGUAGAGCAGGAAUGGAUAUUUAUGAAAUAUAAGAGACUGAUGUCAUUUAUAAGUAGACAAUAACAUUUUCAGAUUUUAAAUUGAAGAAGGAAUAGUUGGAAUUAAAAGAUUUUGCAGUUUUCAAAGUAAAAGAUGGAUAAUAUUAAUUAUAUUUACUUGAUGUUAAAUAAGGAUUAAUUUUAGCUCAUAUGUUUAUUAAUUAAUAGGGAUUUUAAUUUGAAAUAGUAAUAAAUGUAGAAAGUUAAAAAGGUGGAAUAGCUGUAGAUACAAAGAAUGGUAAAAAUGUAUUUGCAGCUUUUGAAUAGAAUGGAAUAUAUUUUUAUAUUGAAUAUUUAGUAAAUUUUAAUUAGAAAUCUUAUUCAAUAAUAACAAAAUAAGAAAGUAAUUAUAGAAUAGUUGAUGUUGAUGCUACAGAUGAAUUUGCUAUUAUAAGUGGUGUUAAUCAUCAUUAAAUUGUGUUUAAUAAUGGUUAUGAUUUUUUAGCACCACAUAAAGAAAAGAUUGUUUUUACAUAGAUAGGAAUGAGAGAUUUUCAAUUUUUUUAGUUCUCUUAUGAAGAAGAUCAAUUAAAAGAUGCUGUUAAAGAUGAAUAUUAAUAUGAUGAUUUCUUUUUUGGAGUUACUGCAAAUAAUGCUUUUCUAACUAAAUUUAAAUUUGUUCCUUCAAGAGUAGUUUGUUUUGCUGAUCAUUGUAAUUAAGAUAUUUUAAUUAUUAGAUAAUAAGGCAUAACUUAAUUAAUAUUAUACUUUAUAAUUCAAUUAAUCAGUUAUUGAAAAUAAUGUAAUGUCAACAAAUAAAGUGAUUAGAACAACAAAGAAUUUCACUGUGCAAGUUGUAACAACAUUUUUAUUCUCCUAAUAAUGGAGAUUAAUUAGAAUAUUACUUUUUGUAUUAGGAGGAAUCAUAUUAACAUCUUGUAUUUGUUAUAAUUAUUAUUAAUUUUAGGUGGAAUUGUAAUUUAUUAAUUUAGAAAAUAUAAAAUAUAAGAGUCAAAUUUAGAUGAAGAAAUUGAUAAAUAUAAACAAAAAUCAUUUGAUUAAAGUGUAUUAAAACUUAAUGAUUCUUCAAUCAUUAUAAAACCAUAAAAAGUAGAGUGA